AGUUAUACUAGUGGUGUCAAUACAUCAGUUUUACUGAUUAAGUUAUACUAGUGCUGUUAAUACGUCAGUUAUUGAUAUUGUGUUGUUUAAGGUGAUACGAAACCAAAGAUUUAGUUAAGUGUAGUGUAGUGUACAAAUGAUCGAGGCACUGAGAUGCAGCGCCCCCUGAGCAACGUCAGCGUGCAGUCUUACCAGGACUAUCAGCCCACCAGGAAAUAUGGGCCGCAGUAUGAGCCAGGCGGCUACGCGGCCGCCGUCCAGCAGCGCAGCAACAUGACGCAGCGAGAGGACGCCCUCAAGUUCGAGCAGGGCCGCAUCAAAGCCCUACAAGAGGAACGGCUACACAUACAGAAGAAAACAUUCACCAAAUGGAUCAACUCGUUUUUACAAAAGGCCCGCAUGGAGGUGGAGGACCUGUUCACGGACCUGGCGGACGGCAGGCGGCUCCUCAAGCUGCUCGAGAUCAUCAGCGGCGAGCGCCUCCCCCGCCCCAACUCGGGCCGCAUGAGGGUGCACAAGAUAGAGAACGUCAACAAGAGCCUCAGCUUCCUGCACACUAAGGUGCGGUUGGAGUCGAUCGGCGCCGAGGACAUCGUGGACGGCAACCCGCGCCUCAUCCUCGGCCUGGUGUGGACCAUCAUCCUGCGCUUCCAGAUACAGGAGAUCGAGAUCGAUGUGGACGAAGAAAAUGAAUCCUCCGAAAAGAAGUCAGCCAAGGACGCCCUGCUGCUGUGGUGUCAACGCAAGACGAGCGGCUACCACGGAGUCCACAUCCACAACUUCUCGGAUUCAUGGCGCUCUGGGCUUGGAUUCAAUGCCCUCAUACAUGCACACAGGCCGGACCUGUUCCGCUGGGCGGACCUCCCAGUGCAGGACCACGUGGAGACCCUCAACCACGCCUUCGAGGUCGCGCACAAGAACCUCGGCAUCCCCAAGCUGCUCGACGCUGAGGAUGUGGACAUCAACCGUCCCGACGAGAAGUCCGUGAUGACGUACGUGGCCAGCUAUUAUCACACGUUCGCUCGCAUGAAGAACGAACAGAAGAGCGGACGCAGGAUCGCCAACAUCAUCGGCCAACUGAUGGACUGCGAUGGUCGCAAGGCGGAGUACAGCCGCCUCGUCACCGCGCUGCUCGAGUGGAUCCGGCUCAAGAUUGAAGAGUUGAACGGUCGGGAACUGCCCAACUCGUUGGACGGUAUCCAGAGGCUGCUGCUGGCGUUUAAGCAGUACCGGACUGUGGAGAAACCCCCCAAGUACAAGGAGCGUUCCGAGAUCGAAGCCCUAUACUUCGAUAUCAACACGAUGAACAAGAGUUUGGUGGGAGAGGCGUGGGCUCCACUGGAGGGGCAGCUGCCACAGGACCUGGAGCGGGCCUGGCAGCGCCUCGAGCAGGCGGAGCACGCGCGCGAGAUCGCGCUGCGCACGGAGCUGCUGCGCCAGCAAAGGCUCGAGCAACUCAACUACAAGUUCAACACCAAGUCGGUGCUCCGCAAGGGGUACCUGAAGGAGAUGAUCCAGGUGCUCUCGGACCCCCGCUACGGGUCCAACCUGGCGCAGGUGGACGCCACCGUCAAGAAGCAUGAGGCCAUCUCUGCUGACAUCCUCGCCAGGACCGAACGCUUCGAGGACCUGUCCGCCAUGGCGGCCGAGCUGGUCCGCGAGAAGUACCACGGCGCCGACGGCGUGGCCCGCACCGAGCAGGCCGUGCUGGCGCGCUGGCAGGAGCUGCUGGCGCUGCUCGCGCGGCACAGGGCUUCGCUGGCGGCCCUGGCGCGCCUCAUGUCGCUGCUGCGCGAGUGCGACACGGUGCGCGGCACGCUGUCCGACAUGCAGGCCGUGUUCCAAUCUGAGGAAGUGGGGCGCCACCUGGUGGACGUGGAGCGGCUGCUGCAGGCGCACGCGCUGCAGGAGCUGCAGCUGGGAGCGCUGCACGAGAGCCUGCGGCGGCUGGCGCGCCAGGGCGAGGGCGAGGGCGGGGGGCACAAGGAGCUGGCGGCGCGCCUGCAGGGGCUGCAGGACGGCUACGACAGUUUGGUAGCGGCCGCCAAAGACCGCAAGGCGAGAUUGGAAGAUGCUAGAAACCUCUACCAGUUCCUCGAAGACCACGACGAAGAAGAAGGCUGGGUGACGGACAAGCAGCGUAUCUGCCGCGCCGACGUGGCCGCUAAGGACCUGCGCGGAGUGCUGGCGCUGCGACAGAAGCACACCGCGCUGCUGACCGAGCUGCGCGCCCGGGACCACGUGUCGCAGCGGCACCGCGCCAAGGGACAGAGCCUGAUCGACGCGAAGCACCCGAAGAGCGCCGAGAUCGAGCGUCGCCUGGCGUCGCUCGCCCAGCAGUGGGCGACGCUGCGCGAGCUCGCCGACGCCAGGGAGAAACAACUCGAGGACGCCGCAGAAGCACAUCAGUUCUACGGCGACGCGAACGAAUCCGAGUCUUGGAUGAAGGAGAAGCGCCCUCUAGUGGCCAGCAGCGACUGCGGCCGCGACGCGCCGUCCGCCGCCGCGCUGCUCGCCCGCCACAAGGCGCUGCACGACGAGAUCCGCGCGUACAGCGCUGAGCUGGACGCGCUCAGCGCACACGCCGACCGGCUGAAGAGCGCUGGGAUACUCACUUUACAACUCCCAACAGAGGUAGAGGCAGCCCCGGCCCUUGAGGAAGAGGAAUGGGUUAACGAGUCCCGCCUCGUGCCUACUGAAGUAUGGGAGGAGGAGGAGGUGGAGCGGCUAGAACACCGCACCGUCACCGAGGAGCGCUCCGUCCCACAGGUGAAAGCGUUGUACGCGUUCACCGGGCAAGGCAUAUCGAUGGCGAAGGGCGAAGUGAUGUUCCUGAUUAACAAAACCAACCCGGACUGGUGGUCGGUGAGGAAGGCUGACCGCUCCGAUGGCUUCGUGCCAGCCAACUAUGUUAGAGAGAUCGAACCCAGAGUUGUACCGGUCCAAGUGCGCAGGCCGGAGAAGGUGCGCACAGUGCAGCGCGUGAAGAAGACAGUACUAGUGAAGCAGGUCGUACCCGUCAGACGCGCGCGCACCGCCGCCCGCCGCGCGCCGCGCCUCGCGCCGCGCGCGCCGCACCAGCAGCCGCCCGCCGUCAGCGCGAGGAUCGCCGACAUCAAGCGGGACUAUGACGAGCUGCUGACCCUCUCAGCGGCGCGUCGCGCCCAACUCGAGGACGCGAUCAAGCUGUACAGCUUCUUCGCGGAGUGUGACGACUUCGACAAGUGGAUGAAGGACAAGGAGAAGAUGCUGCGAGCUGAUGAUGGGGAGGAGAGCGUGGACACCGCCAAGAGGAAGUACGAGAAAUUCGUGACGGACCUCUCGGCCGCCUCCAAACGCUUGGAGCAGAUCGAGGCUGCCGCUGAAGAGCUGGUGGCGACGGCGCACGGGCAGGCCGGCAAGGCCACUGCCAGGAGACAGCAGUUACGGCAGCAGUGGGAUAGACUGCUCAGACUUAAACAGCAGAAGGAGAAGAGUCUAGAAGGCGCGUCCAGCGUGGAGCUGUUCAGCCGCACCUGCGACGAGGCUCUGGACUGGAUGGGCGAGAAGGAGCAGCAGCUGGCCGCCGGCGGAGCCCCGGCCGCCGACCUGCGCACCGUCCAAGCCCUACAGCGGCGCCACGCGCAGCUGGAGAGGGAACUAGAGCCGCUGAGGGAGAAAGUGCAUACUGUCAGCUUGCUCGCCGACGACGUGAAGUCGCAGUACCCCAGCGAGCGCGCGAACGUGGAAGCGAGACAGCGCGAGAUCCACGGCGUGUGGGAGCGGUGCCGCUGCGCGGCCGCCGAGCGGCGCGCGCGCCUCGAGAGCGCCGUCGGGCACCAGAUCUUCUGCCGCAGCGCAGCCAUGUUAGACGACUGGAUACAGAAGGUGCACGAGCAGCUGUCGCAAGAGGCGACGGCCAAAGACGUGGCGACGGCGGAGCACCUCCUCAAGGAGCAUCGCGAGCUAGAAGACGACAUCAAGGCCCAUGACGACGAAUUCAAGGAGGUGAUCGGGCUGGGUCGCCAGCUGCUGGGCAACAACCCGUCGCUGGCCGACGUGGCCGACAAGAUCAACCAUCUGGAGGCCGAGCAGGCAGCCGUUAAAAAAGGUUGGGAAGACAAGGACGGCCGCCUCCGCGAGUUGGUGGAGCUGCAGGCCUUCAACCGCGAGGCCGACCAGAUCGACGCGUCGAGCGGCGCGCACGAGGCCUACCUCGAGUACUGCCAGGACGGAGCGUCAGUAGACGAAGCGUCUGCCUUGCUGAAGCGACACGAGGAGCUGGAAGCGCGUUUAUCCGCGCAGGCCGAGCGGGUACAAGCGCUGCGUCAGCGCGCGGAUAAGCUCGUGCAAAGACCGCACCACGCCGCACAGCACAUCUCGGCGCGCAUGGCGGGCGUGGCGGCGCGGCGCGAGGCGCUGCACGCGGCCGCCGCGCGCCGCCGGAAGGCGCUGCUGGCCAACCUGGCCCACCACCAGUUUCUGGCAUCCACGGAGGAGCUGCAGGCCUGGAUACAAGACAAGACCCGGACAGCUAAAGACCAGAGCUACAGGGACCUGGCGAAUCUGGAGCGUAAACUGCAAAAACACGAAGCGUUUGAAGCGGAGCUGCAGGCCAACGAAAAACAACUCCGGAAUGUCGAUAGCAUCGGCCAGUCUUUGCAAAAGUCGGACCCCGGGCGCGCCGCGGAGGUGGCGCAGCGCCUGGAGGCGGUGCACGCCGCCUGGGAGGCUCUCGUGGCGGCCUCCAGGGACAAGGGCGGCAAGCUGCGGCAGGCCGCUCUACAGAGCCAGCAUAGGAGAUCAGUGGAGGACGCUAGGGCGCGGCUGGUGGACCUGGAGCGCGCGCUGCGCAGCGAGGAGACAGGCUCCGAUAUGCGCACCUGCAAACGUCUCCUCACCCAGCAUCAGACCUUGGAGCAAGAGCUAACGAGCUGGGAACAGAAGGCCACCGUCCUGGCCAGCCAGGGGGCGGACUUAGUGUCCCUCGGGCAUUUCGACGCGCCCGCCAUCGAGCGCGAGUCGGCCGCGCUGCGCGACGCCGUGCGCGCGCUGCAGCCGCACGCGCAGACUAGACGGGACAAGCUGACGCAGAGCUUACAACUGCACAAGUUCGCCCUGGAGCUGGACGGCGAGCUGGACUGGCUGGCGGAGCGCUCUGCCGCCGCCGCUUCCGAAGGCCUGCCGGCCGACCUGCACGCGGCGCAGGCCGCGCAGAAGAAGCACGCCAAGCUGCGCGACGAGCUCAAGGGGCGGAGGCCUAACAUCGAGCGUGUGCUCGCGCACGGGAAGGAGCAGCAUAGCGACGAUGAGAAGAUCGCUAUGCUAUGCGUGAAGCUAGAGGAGACGUACGCGGCGGUGUGCCGCGCGGCGGACGCGCGCGCCGCGCGCCUGGACGCGGCGCUGCGCGCGCAGCAGUUCCUGCACGACGCGCUGGAGGUCGACUCCUGGCUCGCUGAUAAGGCUGCGGCCCUGUCGUCAGCGGACGUCGGCAGAGACCGCCACCGCGCCACGCAGCUGCUCACGAGACACAAGGCGGUAGAAUUAGAGUUGGACACGUACGCCGCCAUAAUCUCCGAGAUGGGCCACUCGGCGGCGUCCAUGGCGGCGGGCGGCCACCCGCAGGGCGCGGAGCUGGUGGCCCGCCACCGCGCGCUGGAUGAGUCGCUCCAGCGGCUGCAGCGCCUCGCCGCGCAGCGCCAGCGAGCGCUCGUCGAGAGCGUCUGCAGACACGAGUACCUGGCGGAGAGCGCGGAGCUGGAGGGCUGGAUCCAGGAGCAGUUCGCGGCGGCCGCCAGCGAGGACUACGGGCAGGACUACGAACACCUGCUGAUCCUGCGUUCCAAGUUCGAGGAGCUCCGUCACCGCGUGGAGUCCGGCGCUGAGAGGUUCAGCCAGUGCGAGGAGCUGGCCAAGAAGCUGCUCGCCUCCGAGAGCCCCUACAUCGCCGACAUCGAGCAGAGGCAGGAGGCGCUGGGCGAGUCCUGGCAGCGCUUGGUAGAGCAGAUCCGCUCGCGCGGCACCCGCCUGCACGCCGCCGGCGAGAUCCACCGCUUCCACCGCGACGUCGCUGAACUGCUAGCUCGAGCUGCGGAUAAAAGAGCCCAGCUGUCUACCCCUGAGCCACCGAGAGACCUACCAGCGGCUGCGGCGUUGUUAAGAUCUCAUGAUGCCGCCGAGAACGACUUGUUGGCUAUAGAUGCUCAAGUACAGGUUAGUACGGAACUGUUAGCUAUAGCUGCGGAUAAAAGAGCUCAGCUGUCUACCCCUGAGCCACCGAGAGAUCUACCAGCGGCUGCGGGGUUGCUGCGAGCGCAUGAUGUCGCUGAGAACGACUUAUUGGCUAUAGGUGCUCAAGUACAGGUCCUUCAAGAAGAGGGUUUGCGCCUCCAACGGCUAUGUCCUGGCGGUAACGUGCAACAGAUCGCGUUGCAGCAACAAGCGCUCACGGACGCGUGGAGCAUGCUGCGCGCUGCCGCCGACGCGCGCCGCGCGACGCUGCAACAGUAUCUGUCGCUACAACAGUUUAGGCAGCAGGUCCGAUCUCUGGUGUCGUGGUCGGGCUCGCUGCGCGCGGCGCUGGCGCAGGGUCCGCGCGUGCGCGACGCGGUGUCGGCGCAGGCGGCGCGCGCCGAGCACGCCGCCGUGCGCGCCGAGCUGGACGCGCGCGACGACAGCUUCCGCGACGCGCUGCGCGCGGGGCAGCAGCUGGUGCUGCAGCACCAUCCUAGCGAGCAGGAGAUCGAGGAGCAGUGUGCGGCGCUGGUGGAGGAGCGCGCCAAGCUGCACGGCGCGUGGGCGGCGCGGCAGGUGGCGCUGGACCAGCUGAUCGACCUGCACUGCUUCCUGCGGGACGCCAAGCAGCUGCACGCGCACAGCGCGGCGCAGGAGGCCGCUCUUAGCACGGAGAUAUCCCCGACGUGCAGCGUGGAAGAAGUCGACAACAUUCUGAAGAAACACGAAGCCUUCGAGAAGUUACUCGCCACACAGGACGAGAAGCUGACGACCCUCAACACCCACGGAGACAAGCUACUUCAGCAGAACCAUGUGGAGAGCCAGAAGAUCGCCGACGAGCUGCGCGCCAUCAACGAAAGGAGACAGAAGUUGUACGAGGCAGCGGCUGCGCGCCACAAGCUGCUUCUACGCACCCGUGCGCGCGCGCAGUUCGCCCGCGACGCUGCCGAAACGCGAGGCUGGCUCGCCGACAAGCUGGCCAAACUACACAACGAUCACCAGCAAGGCGAGGUGACCGACCUGGAAGACAAGAUCAAGAAACUCCAGAAGCACCAGGCCUUCACGGCCGAGCUGGCCGCCAACCGCGCGCGCCUCCAGGAGAUCCAGGCGCUGGCUGAACAGCUGCGCCCUGACGAGGAGGUGGAGAAGCAGAUGGCGCAGCUGAAGGAAGACUGGGGCAAGCUGGAGAAGGCUACCGAGGAGAGAGGGCGCGGUCUCGAGGAGGCGCAGGAUAUCUUGGAGUUCAACCAGCAUCUGGACAAGAUCGAGGCCUGGAUCCGCGACAAGGAGAUGAUGGUGCAAGCCCACGAGUUGGGGCGCGACUACGAGCACUGCUCGGCGCUCGUCCGGAAACUGGACGAUCUCGACUCGGACAUGAAAGUGGACGAACAGCGCGUCAAGACGACGUGCGCGCUCGCCGACCGGCUGCUGCGACAGGGUCCGACGCAGCAGGCGGCGGCGGUGGCGGCGCGGCGCGACGCGCUGCUGCACAAGUGGCGCGCGCUCAGCGGCAGCCUGCAGACGUACCGCGACGCGCUCUCCGCCGCGCUAGAGAUACACGCCUUCAACAGGGACGUGGAAGACACCGCGGAGCGCAUCGCGAAGAAAGCGGCCCUCUUCAGCAGCAACGAGCGCGGACGCGACCUGGACGCGGCGCAGGAGUUGAAGAGGCGGCACCUGGCGCGAGCGGCCGAGGCCGGCGCUGUGGGCGACAAGAUCAAGCAGCUGUGUGCAGAGGGAGCCACGCUGCAGAGGAAACAUCCAGAGCGUGGCGAAGAGAUCGAAGGCCGCCUGUCCUCACUCCGCGAGGACUGGGAGCGUCUGCAGCAGCUCGCAUCGCAACGCACCGCGCUUCUUGACGAGGCCAUCGCUGAACACAAGUUUGACGACAGCCUUAAGGAGCUGGAGGUGUGGGUGUCGGAGAGCGUCAAGCGCAUGCGCAGCGGCGCGGCGCCCGACUCCGCGGCCGACGCACAGGCCAUGCUCGACACGCACAAGGAGAGGAAGACGGAGAUAGACAACCGGCAGAAGAGUAUAGCGGCGCUGCAGCGCGAGGAACAGAGCCCGGAGAAGCUGAAGAAGCUGACCGAACUGGCGCAGACCCUCGACCAGGCCUGGCUGCAGCGAGAGCAGCACCUCACACAGGCGCACCAGCUGCAGCUGCUUAAGGAGCAAGCGAGACAGACAGAAGACUGGCUCGCGGCCAAGGAAGCUUUCCUGAACAAUGACGAUCUCGGCGAGAACCUAGACGCCGUGGAGACCCUGAUCAGGAAGCACGCAGAGUUCGCCAAGCUGCUGGAGUCCGGAGUGUCUCGAGUGGAGGAACUGGAGACCUUCGCUCGCUCGCUACUCGAGGGAGGGCACUACGACCAGGCCUACAUCGAGCGACGACUCGCCGCCAUCUUGGCGAGAAGAGACAAACUCAAGGAGUCGUGCCGCGCUCGCGGCGUCACGCUGCAGCAGUCCAAGCAGCUGCUGGAGUUCCUGCGAGACCUGGAGCAUGAGCAGGAGUGGAUCGCGCUCAAGAUGCAGACCGCCACCGACCACAACUACAGAGAACUGUCGAACCUUCAGAGCAAGAUUCAGAAGCACGCCGCCUUCGAGUCGGAGCUGGCGUCCAACAAGAAGCGGAUAGACGACGUGGCCAACCGCGGCGAGGAGCUCAUAGAGGCGAAGCACUACGCGUCCCAGGAGAUCUCGACACACGUGGAAGAGCUGGAGAACCAAUGGAGAGAGCUUCAGUCUGCAGUGAAACUCCGUCGCGAGCGGCUACAGGAGGCGUACCAAGCCCGUGUAUACCUGCGAGGACUCGACGAUUUCACGGCGUGGCUUGAUGACGUCGAGUCGCAACUACUCAGCGAGGACCACGGCAAGGACCUAGCAUCAGUAACAGCUUUACUGAAGCGCCACACACGCCUAGAACAGCAGGUGGCCGGCAAGAGCGACGCGGCGACGCAAUUGGCCGACAACGCGCGACAACUGGCCGACAGCCGACACUUCAUGGCGCAGGAGAUACUCGCCAAGGCCGACGAGGCUGUCAAGCGGUACCGGCAGCUGCAGGAGCCGAUGCAGAUCAGGAGGGACAACCUGGAGGAUGCUGCGCUGCUGCACCGCUGGGACCGCGACGCCGACGAGGAGAUGAGAUGGAUGGUGGAGCGCGAGCCUGUAGCCGCGCUGCAGGACACCGGCGCCACCCUGCAGGAGACGCAGGCGCUGCUCAAGAAACACCUGGCGCUGGAGGCAGAGCUGAUGGCACGCGAGCCGACGGUGCAGGGCGUGUGCGGUCGCGCGGUGGGGCUGGCGCGGCGCGGGCACUUCGCCGGCGCGCAGCUCGAGGCGCGCGCGCGCGACCUCGCCGCCGCGCUCAGCGCGCUGCAGGCCGCCGCCGCCGCCCGCGGCGUGCGCCUGCAGGCCCGCAGGGACCUGCUGCAGUUGUCCUCCGAAAUGGCGGAGGUGGCGGGCGUGCUGGGCGCGCGGCGGGCGGCGCUGGAGGCGGCGGAGUGCGGCCGCGACGAGGACUCGGCGCUGGCGGCGGGGACGCGGCUCGAGGCGCAGCAGCGCGAGCUCUCCGCGCUGCAGCCCAACAUAGACGCGCUGCUGGCGAGGGCUCAGGAACGCGAUCCCGAGGACGCGGCAGAAAUAUCUAAACAGGCGGAGUCCCUCAAACAACUGUACGAGGAGAUGAAACUCCUGUCCGCCAAGCGUCAGCAAAGGCUUGAGCAGAGCCUCAAGUACUUCAAGUUCGUGCAAGAGUGCGCCGAGGCGCAGGAGUGGAUUAGCGAGCAGAUGGGUGCAGCUGCCAGCGAGGACUACGGGCUGGACGUGGAGCACGUGGACACCCUGCAGCAGGCCUUCGACAACUUCCUGCAGCAGCUGCACGCGAACGAGGGCCGCAUAGAAGCGGUGUGCGAGGCCGGCGCGGCCCUGCUGGAGGAGAACACCCCGGAGGCCGACAGAGUCCGCACGCGAGUCGACGACAUCAAGGGGCUGUGGGAAGACCUCAGGGAACUGGCGCUGGCUAGACAGGAGGCGCUGGCGGGUGCGCGGCGCGUGCACGAGUUCGACCGCGCGGCGGACGAGACGGUGGCCUGGAUGCAGGAGAAGGAGCCCGCGCUGCGCGCCGACACCGGCCGCAGCCUGCAGGCGCUCAGGGCGCAGCGGAGGCGGCUCACUGCGCUCGAGGAUGACCUGGCCGCCAUCAAGGAGCAGCACGAGAGACUCACGCGGGAGGCUGAGAGAUUGGGUGAAGCGUUCCCCGACGCCCGCGAGCAUGUGACAUCCAAGCUAGAAGAUGUCACCGAAGCGCUGGAAGCCCUAACCUCGCGCGCGGCCAGCUGCCAACAACAGCUGGAGCUGUCUGGACAGCUGCAGGCCUACUUCCAGCAGUACCAGGACCUGCUAGCAUGGACCAACGAGAUGAUCGCAGCAGUGACAGCGCCCGAGCUGGCUCACGACGUGCCCGGCGCCGAGCGGCUGCUGGCGCGGCACCGCGAGCUGGGCGACGAGGUGCGAGCCAAGGACGACGCCUUCAGCGCCCUCUAUGCCGACGGCGAAAAACUAGUCCGCGAAGGCCAUUUCAUGUCCGCCGACGUGGCCGAGCGCAUGGCGGCGUUGCGAGCUCGCCGCGCGCAGCUCGACGCGGCCUGGGCGGCGCGGGACACUAUAUACCACCAGCAUUUGGACGCCUUGGUGUUCAGGAGAGACGCUGACGCGCUAGACAACUGGAUCACUAACAAGGUUCCUCUUGUCCGCGACGGCAAGGUGGGCGAGAGCGUGGCGCAGGUGGAGGCGCUGCUGGCGCGGCACGCGGAGCUCGAGCAGGCCAUACACUCGCAGCAGGACCGCGCACAGGCACUCACUAGGAUCACGCUGGUGGAGCAAGCCUUCAAGCAGCAGCAGGAGUCGGAACAGGCGGCGCGCGCCAGCACGGCGGCCGCGCACGCCGCGGAGCGCGCGCAGCGGCAGCGGCAGCGCGAGGUGGAGCGCAUCGCCGAGCUGCGCCGGAGGGACACCGCUCCCAUACUGGAGACACAGGUGAGCACGGGGACUGCGGAGGCGGCGCCGGCGCAGGCCUCAUCGGAGGAGACGCUGUCGCCCGCGCCGCAGUUUGAGCGUCUGCCGCGGGGCGAGCCCGUCAAGCGCGCAGAGAGCAUGAGCGUGAUGAAGACGCCGAAACGCACGCCGUCGUUCACGACGCGGCGCCGCACGCAGAGCUUCCGGCGCCACCGGCGUGGCGACGUCGAGCUGCCCCCCGUCGAGAUAGAAGGGUACCUGGAGCGCAAGCAGGAGUCGGGCGUGGGCGGCAAGCGCGCCACCGUGCGCUCGUGGCGCUCCUACUACUGCGUGCUGUGCGGACAGCUGCUGUGCUUCUUCCGGGACGAGCUGGACUUCAGCGCCGCCAAGGCCGCCGCGCCACCGCAGGCCAUCCUGAACGCCCGCUGCGACCCGGCCGGCGACUACACGAAGCGCGCGAACGUGUUCCGGCUGUCGUGCGCGGACGGCGCCGAGUACCUGUUCGGCUGCCCAACCCCCGCUCUCAUGCAGGAGUGGGUGGCCAAGCUGUCGUUUCACGCCGCACUGCCGCCGGAGCUGCAGCUCACGCCGUACGCGCCGCCGGACUCUCCCAACGCCGAGCUCAAGAGGAGGUUGCAGAGGAGCGCGUCAUCGUCCUCGAACGAGUCGCCCGAGCCGCAGCGGCGCUCGCGCACGCAGGCCGAGAUCCUACAGGAGCACCGCGACAGUCAGGCCAAGCAGGCCAGCCAGGAGCGCGGGAGCGCCGACACACAGGAGAGGAAUAUAGGUAACAGUACACUCCCUGAGCGCGGGAGCGCCGACACACAGGAGAGGAAUAUAGAGUCUUCAGUGUUGCCGUCGUUGCCGCCUCGCAAGCCGCCCGGCGCCAGCCAGGAGGAUGUCUCCGACGUCGUUAUGAGAAACUCUGAAACGUCUUCGUCGUGGGGUCGCUCCCGGUUCUCCAACGGGCGCGAUAUCAACUCAGAGUUCAUCAAGUCUCAACGCGACGUAGCCGACGGCGCGCCGCCGCUGCCGCUGUCCGGGCCUCCGGAGCGCCCGCCCGCGCUGCCGGAGCGCCAACAUGGCGCCGCCGAGCGCCACGCGGGCGCCACUGAGCGUCACGCGGGCGCCACCGAGCGCCACGCGGGCGCCACCGAGCGUCACGCGGGCGCCACCGAGCGCCACGCGGGCGCCACCGAGCGCCAGCCUGUCUCCGCGCUGGUCAACAGCUACCAGCAGCGCGCGCGCGACCAGAAUCGCAACCAGUGGGGCUACGAGAGGGCCAAUAACAACUGGGGCGUCGAGACGUCACACUUCUACUCGGCGAGCGAGCUGGCGUACGGCGGCGCAGGCGCCGGCGCGGGCUCGCAGCGCCCCUCGUCCGUGGCGGGGGGCUCCCCCGCGCUGGACCAGCGCCCGGCCUCAAGAUCGUCAGGCGAGUCCGAGCUGUCCGUCAGCGGAGUCUCCAAGGAGAAGAAGGACAAGAAGGGAGUCUUCGGCGGCCUCUUCAGCCGCAAGAAGCGCAGCAGUUACAUGUAGUCUACCGAUAUACACCGUGUAUACAGGGUGGGCCCGAUAACUAACUUAGGGCCAAUUGCACCAACCACAUUUGCAUACAU